AUGGCGAAUCCAAAGGAGGUGUCAUUUUCGAAUUCGAAGAACGCAAAGGAUGGAGAAUCGUCAGGUCAUAAUACAGGGUUUAAUUAUUUUCCAGAUUUGGGUAUUUCCGUUAAGUUCCAUUAUGGGGGGAGGCUGUGGUGGAUGUUAGAUGAAGAUCUUAGUUUUAGGGUGAUUAAAGAUGAUGCCACUGCUGAAGUUGUAAAAGAUUAUGCACUUAACAAAAAUAUUGUUGUUAAUGUUUUUGUUGAACAUAAUGUGGAUGAAAGUACUGCUGUUGUUGAUAUCCCUAAUUAUGAUGUUGUUGGUGAGGAAUUGGGUGAGAGUUAUAAGGUAGUUAACAAUGAGAAGGGUGAGAGUUCUGAGGCAGCAAAAAGAGAUGGUGGAGAUGGUGGUAUAAGUAGUAGUAGUGAAGAUGAAGUUGAAGUUGAAGAUGAAGAUAGGUGUAUUGAUAGUGAGGAAGAGAGAGCACUGGGAUUUGAUGAUGGGUUUGAAGAAGUGGAUGAAGGCAAUUUGAAUGAAGACACAGGGGCAAAGAUGGCUGAUAUAGGAAGAAAUGUGGAAAUGGAUAAUAUAGAUGUUGAUGAUACUGAUUGGGGGAAGGAGUAUGAGAGUGAAGAGUUAGAUUCUGAUGAUCCUGAUUUGAGUGGUGAUGAGAGAGCACCUGCUUGUGAUGUGUUUAGGCCCAGCCAACUAACCAAGGAUUAUGUGUUCACAUUUGGCAUGGACUUUAAGAGUCUUAAAGAGUUCAAGGAUGGUAUAAGGGAAUGGUGUGUAUUAAAUGGGACCCAGAUGAAAAUAGUUAAAAAUGAUAAAAGUAGGUGUAGGAUAGUGUGCAAAGAUACCAAUUGUGACUUUACAGCCCUUUGCAGCAAGGUGGCCUACAACCAUUCUUUUAAAUUAAAGACAUGGAAUGGGGACCACACAUGUGGUAGGGUUUUAGAAAAUCGUAGUGCUGAUGUAAACUUUGUUACCAAAUAUGCCCUUGAGAAUAUGAGGACCUCUGAGAUGAAGGUUAGUGAUAUAAUGUCAGAUCUGAGAACACACAAGUCAGUUGGAGUGUCAUUUUACAUAGCUUGGAUGGCAAAAAAGAAGGCCAAGAAACUCAUAGAAGGGGAUGCAAAGAAACAGUAUACCUUACUGUGGAGGUAUGCAGCUGAGCUUCAGAGGGUAUCUAAAGGAAACAGGUGUAAGAUAAAUGUUGAUAGACUGUCUUUGAGUGUUCAACCCAGAUUUAGCAGGUUUUAUUUUUGCUUUGAUGGUUGUAAGCAGGCCUUUAUAUCAAGUUGUAGGCCAUUCAUAGGGGUGGAUGGGUGUCAUCUGAAAACCCAAUUUGGAGGUAUUUUAUUGGUUGCAGUUGGUAGAGAUGCAAAUGACCAAUACUUUCCUUUGGCUUUUGGAGUUGUAGAGACAGAAACAACAGAUUCAUGGAGGUGGUUCCUUACCUUACUGCUUGAAGAUAUUGGAAGUAAUAGGAGAUGGGUAUUUAUUUCUGAUCAACAAAAGGGGCUGAUAUCAGUUUUGGAGGAGUGGUAUGACAUAGUUGAACACAGACCAUGUUUGAGGCAUCUGUAUGCAAACUUUAAAAAGAGAUUUGGAGGUGGUGCUUUGAUCAGGGACUUGAUCAUGGGUGCAGCCAAAUCAACUUAUUAUCAAUUGUGGAAGUCAAAGAUGGAUGAGCUGAAGAAGAUUGACUUGAAAGCUUGGGAGUGGUUAGUGGCACAUGACCCUAAAAUGUGGUGUAAGCAUGCUAUUUCCUAUUAUCCUAAAUGUGAUGUCUUAAUGAACAACAUAUCUGAAGCAUUUAAUUCAACAAUAUUAGUUGCUAGAGACAAACCAAUACUUACCAUGGCUGAAUGGAUUAGAACAUAUUUAAUGAAUAGGAUGUCAACCAAUAGGCUUAAGCUACAGACUUGGAACCAUAAGAUAAUGCCUAUGCCUAGGAAAAGAUUAAACACAGAAAUUGUGAAGUCUGGUGGUUGGGUUGCCAUAUGGGGUGUUGCUGAGGAGUUUGAAGUUCAUCAGGUAGGAGGAAGUCAUGCCUUUACUGUUAAUUUGGCAAAAAAAACUUGUUCAUGUAAUUUUUGGGAGUUGGUGGGGAUUCCUUGCAGACAUGCCAUUGCAGCUAUGUCUAAAACUUCAAAGGACCCAGAAGAUUAUGUCUCUGACUGGUAUAGCAGGGAAAUGUAUGAAAAGUGUUAUACACACAAUGUAAGUGCUAUCAAUGGUCAAGACAUGUGGUCAGAGGUUGAAUGUGAGGAGUUGUUACCCCCUGCUUAUAAAAAGGGUCCAGGAAGACCAAAAAAGGUUAGAAUGAGAGAAGCUGAUGAAGCACCAUCCUCACAAGGUGCAUAA